UUUGUGGAUGACGUGAGCAAGCAUGGAGUGUGUGUGUGUGUGUGUGUGUGUGUGUGUGUGCGUGCGUGUGCGUGUGCGUGGUUGUCAGCAAUUGAGCGCCUAACUGCUGUCCGUUUGCCUUGCAUGGCGAUGUUUCACAAACUUUCCUCAAACAAAAGUCACACGUCAUGAAAUCACUUUUUUAUAUUGGGGGGGGAGGUGGCAGGGAGGCGGGUGGGUGGAGAGGAGGGAGUCUUCUGGCUUCAGAAGGGGCAGGGAGCGCUGUGACGUUUUUUUUUUCCCCCUCGCUCUCUUAGCGUCGCUGUGAUGGUGCUUCUGGUGUUUUGUGCCAUUUCUAGGCCACCGUCGCUUGUCGCCGUCCUGCAUGUUUUCCGAAUUGUUCGACUUGAGUCGUCCGUUAGCUCUUUUUGGUUCUUGUUUCAUGCAAUUUUCAACAGUUGCUCCCGCUUGCUUUGUGUGAAGCGCUGGGCAGCAGAGUUUUCGAGAAAGAACGCCUGCUCUAGACGCAGGAUGUGAAGUACGUAGGUGUGUGAGCAUGCACACACACACACACACACACACACACACACACACGCACACACUGAACCAUGCAAACAUGUAACGCCUUCUCUCUGACCUAAUGUGCGUCGUAGCUGUGGUUUUAAAGCACUUUCUGGUGUUCAUUCGCUCAUAUUUAUUGCAUGUGUUCGUGUUCCGCACUGCAUGCGAGAGAGAGUGUGUGCUUUUUGUGUGCGACUGUGCACAUGGAGUGGUGUGAAGCAGCUGCUCUGUGGUUAUCUGUGCAGCAAACACACUCUCAGGCAAAAUUACAGCCAGUUUAAAUGUUGCUUCGGGCACUUGGCUGAACUGGUUCAAAAUGGCGCAACAAUGGGAGGUGCUUUGAACUGUGCCCGCUUGCUGCUCCCAGUGGUGGCAUAUUUAAGGACAUAAUCAAAAUGUCGUCCAAGUGUGAACAUUUUCUACUUUUUCCCUUCUCGGCCUCGGUGUCGGCGCGACAGAAAACACGUCACCGUGCGAUGUGCGCAAGCACGUUUACAUGAAUAUCCGGGGAUGUGCUUGUGAGGGAGUUUGGUUGAGCCGUGGACAAAAGGGCUGAACCCAGCGUGCGGGCGCCAGUUUCCGGGACUGUGCCCUGUUUUUUUUUUUUAUAAAGAAACUCUUCUGUUUGAGAGUGAUGUGAGCAGGACUUUAAAGGAUGGACUUGACAAAGCAUGUGACGAUGGAGAUAGUGAAGGUGUGGAGCGAGGAUGGGGCUGGUAAAGUGGUGGAGAUCCUGGCGGACAUGACUGCCAGAGACGUGUGCCAGCUCCUGGUCUACAAGAGCCACUGUGUGGACGACAACGCCUGGACACUGGUGGAGCACCACCCCAUCCUUGGUCUUGAGAGAUGCCUGGAGGACCACGAGCUGGUGGUUCAGGUUCAAGCUUCCAUGAGCAGCGACAGCAAAUUCCUCUUCAGGAAGAACUAUGCCAAAUAUGAAUUCUUCAGGAACCCCCUGAACUUUUUUCCAGAGCAGAUGGUGGCUUGGUGUCAGGAGUCUGAUGGCACAAUCCCUCAAUCACAGCUCUUGCAGAACUUUCUCAACUCGAGCAGCUGUCCAGAGAUUCAGGGCUACCUGUACAUGAAGGAACCUGGACGCAAGUCCUGGAAGAAGCUCUACAUGUUCCUGCGACGCUCUGGCCUCUACUUCUCCAAUAAAGGAACAUCCAAGGAGCCCCGACACCUGCAGCUUUUGUCCGAUUUGGACGACAGCAACAUCUUCACCAUUAUCACUGGCAGAAAACUGCACAACGCCCCCACAGACUUCCAGUUCUGCAUCAAGCCCAGUAAAGCGAGGGGUGACUGUAAAGAGAUGAAGAUGCUGUGUGCUGAAGACGAGCAGAGUAGGACCUGCUGGAUGACUGCUUUCAGACUUCUUAAGUAUGGCAUCAUCCUGUAUAAGAGUUACAGCGUGCCCCAGCACAGAAAGCCAAACCUGUCACAUUUCUCCACACCUGUGCGGAGUGUGUCUGAAAACUCUCUGGUGGCGAUGGACUUCUCAGGACGGACCGGCCGCGUCAUCGACAACCCAGUCGAGGCUCAGAGCGCCGCCCUAGAGGAGGGACAGACAUGGCGGAAACGGAGCCAGCGUAUGAAUGUCCUGGGUAGCCCAUCACCCUUGCACCCGUCCUCUUUGAGCACAGUCAUCCACAGGACGCAGGUUUGGUUUCAUGGUCGCAUCAUGAGAGAAGAGGCCCACAAAAUGAUUAUACAACAAGGCCAAGUAGACGGGUUAUUCCUGUUGCGGGACAGUCAGAGUAACCCCAAGGCCUUUGUGCUCACCAUGUGCCACCACCAGAAGAUCAAGCACUUCCAAAUCCUACCGUGCGAGGAAGAUGGUCAGGUGUUCUUCAGCCUGGACGACAGCGCCACCAAGUUCACCGACCUGAUUCACCUGGUGGAGUUCUACCAGCUCAACAGAGGAGUGCUGCCCUGCAAGCUCAAACACCCGUGCACCGCCGUGGCCUUGUGACACUCCUCUUCCCCUUCUUCUGCACCAGUUUUUUUUAAAUGUACAUUUUUGCACACCCUUAUACCCCUGAGAUCCCACCUGACCUAUCCGCCCUUAUUCUCUUACCAGUCGGGUGAGUCCAAAUUUGGGGGUGAUGUGAACAAACAAGCUUUUCUCCGCCUUAUUGCUGUUUGGAUGUUUGACGCGACACGUGGCGGAUUGUGGACUUGUUGCCAAGGAGACCGGAACGUUUGUUUGUUUAAGGUGCAGGUCUCUCAUAUGGCUCUUCUUCCCCUCACCUUUCCUCCAGGCCUGAUAAGCUGUGGUGCAGGAAGCACCACCCCUUCUUCAUUGAUCAUCAGGGAUGGACGGGAAUCCCUCUGGAUCUCGAGCAAACUUUUUUUCUUUUUUUUGGGGGGGGGGAUCCAAGAGGGUUUUCUCAACCUGUGCAGUCCAGUCUGGAUAAGCUGACACCAUGAUGACACCGCCCACUUCACAAAAAAACCCCGCCCCCAUCCUAUGUGUGGCUCUACUGCUGUGUCCAGGUGGUGCAACCCUUCAUCUCCUCCUCCUUCUCUUCUAAACAAGGCGAGGCUUAUCAGAAAGGACAAAGGAAUGUUUAUCAGGAAGGCCAGAAUGAGCCUCUCUUUUAGACUUGGAUUACUUGAUGUCAUUUUAAUGCUGUUUUAUUACUGUUGAUUCAAUGCAGAACUAGUUUGCACUCGCGGGGACGGGGGGAGGGGGUGGGGGCGUACUCUCUAUCCCAAUGAAGCGGCUUGUCAUCCUCCUCUUCUCUUACAUUGUGAGAUUGCCGCUGAUUGGAUUUCACAAGGGGCAAAAAGAGUCACGGCUGACGAUGCAGUGCCUUCCCGGAAGCUUUGGGAACGUCUUGUGUAGCUCCUACCACCACGGCCACACUACUGUUAUAACAACAAGGAGAAAGAAUGUGCUCUGGAAGUGGCUCAAAGACGAGGAGGAGGAACCAUUUUCAAUCUAAAAGGGUCAUUUGUUGGCUUUUUGAAUGUUGUUUUCUUUUCUGAGCUUGCUGCUUGCACAUUUCCAGUGAUCCUGAUGUGAUAGUGAAAGGUUGGAGCCAUCCUGACCACUGCCCCCUCCCCGCCCCUUAUGCCCGCUCAGAAGAGACAAAUCAAAGAUAAGCACUCCCAUCAUUAUUUUGUUCUUGUUUUGCUUUGUUUUAAACGAACAAAAAGACUUGAAGUGUGAACUCAAACACACAAUCAAAUGAGCUUCACUUGCCUUAGGUGAACAGGAGUCUUGUAUAUAUUCCAUUGAAAAUUAUAUAUGAAGAUGCACACAUGGCAAAGGAAUAAUUAGCAACAAGAUGGCCGCCACCGUUGUGACUACAUGCUAACUGUGGACAACAACAACUUGCUGAUGCUGGCAAAAACAAAAAAACAGCUCAACUCGCUAACAUCCAUCUAAACGCCCCUCUAACAGGUAAUAUUCUUCAUUUAAUCAAAUAAUCGAAAUAUGUUUUUUUUUCCGCUGAGCUAUUGCUGGCUUCAUUUUAGUACGCUAAGCUAAAAGUGGCAAGAAACGCAUAUUGGCUAAAAUGUGGAAAACAUUUGUCAAAAGCCAAACUUCAUUAUUUAAAAAAUGUAUCCUAACCAAUCAACUAACAGUUGUAGACCUUUUUUCUCAAUUGUUUUAAUUUAGAACAAUUUGCAACAAGAUGGCCGCCACUGUUGUGAGAAUUGCCAACAAAAUUCACUCAAAAGCCCCUCUAACAGGUCACUAUUCUUCACUGCAUGCACACUCAAAAGAAAAGAGGUGUACUUUUGUGCUCAAAUGUGGAACAAAUAUAUCAAACGUCAAGCUCCAUUAUUACUCAAAUUCUAUUUUUGAUUUCCAACAAUUCCCGGCAAGAUGGCCACCACUCUCAUGACUAUAUGCUUUCUAUGACGCAACAAACAUUUGUUGCGUAGCAUUAAACGCUAGCAGGGCUAACAAAAGCCACCUCAAAACUCUACUAACAAGUCAUUCUUUAUUUAAUACACACACAAAUCAAAAGGGUUUUAGUUUUAUGCUGAAAUAUUUGUUGCUGGCUGCAUUUUAGCACGCUAGGCUAAAGAUUGCUAGCUGGUGGCUAACUUUGGCAAGAAGCAAAUAUUCCUUGCAAGAAGCAAAUAUUCCUUACUUCUAUUUAAGAUUUAUCUGGGUAUAUCUGACCAAAAUGUAGUCAGUCAUGUGUAGGAAUUAGCAGCAAACAACACUGUCUGCCAUUAAGUUUGACAAAUAAUGCAAAACAGAGUAAACGGUAAGGCUUUGUACUACAGUACUACUUGGUGCUUGCAGAAUUUAAAUUAAUGAUGGUGUUUAUAGGUCAGCUUGGGUGUUUGGAUCAAAAUUGGAGUAAAAUUCACGCCAUUUUUUAGACGGAAAACUGAAAUGACAGUAGAUGAGGAAGAUUAUACGGUCAAAUAAAUUACCACAGCAGAUCUGUCAGAUAAGAGUAUGUACUAUUCGAAAACAAAAGAAAUGAAAAAUACGCUCAAAUGGUGGAGAAUGAUUGUUUUGUUGAAAAAUUCUUAGUAAAUCUGCACGCAAGGGCGACCACUGCUUAUGCCGGCGUCAGCUAGCCCGAGGGGCGUGGACAUAAGCGAGUAGCAACAAUGCAUAAUGAACAGUGCCCUAGUGGUAAUCCAUUAUCUCCAGAAAAGAAGGUGUUCCCUGCCCCUCCACCCCCGUAAAAUCCAUCCUGUGCCAGAGCACGGUUAGCACAAUGCACACCGCCUCCACCUGCCUGCCCACGACAUCAUGUGACUUUGCCCCCGUCGGGCCCACCAGGGCGGACUCUCUCCAGGGAUUGGUUAAUGCUUGAAGCCCCUCGCCCCCUCCACCCACCUCCCCGGCCCUUGUCCCACCUGUGUCCAGCCAGUAAGCUAUGAGCCUGUGUGUGUGCGCGUGUCGUUGUGCGUGCAUGUGCGUGUGUGUGUGUAUGUGUGUGGCUCGACUGUUAUAUUCACUCUUCAUUGCUAACUGCUGGUUAUCAUAUUUGCCUUUUUUAGAGAGCAAAGCGAGAGGAAAGGUGACGUCAUGCCUUAGAUCUAGAUUUUAUUAGGAGGGGGGCGGGUUUGAACUACAAUACUAGAGACCAGUAGGCACUAUUUCCCCACCCCCACCUUUUUUUUUUUUUAAAUCACUGUGCUUGUUCAAGUCCAAGGUUAAAAAGCAGUCUAGUUGAUGAAUGAGUGAAUAUGUGAAGCUCUAACACUGUACCUAGGUCACAGAUCACUACGUGUGGGCGUUAUGCUGUGCUCAUAACUCCGUGUAAAAUGAAGAAUGCUUUAUUUUCUCCUUAAUUCCUUAUUAUUUGAUGAUGUGUACAUUGACAUUAUUGUAUAUUUUCUUUUUUUUGCCACAAAAUGACCUUAUAAAUAUAUAUAUGAAAUAAUAUACCACGCUAUAUACAGUAUUAAAUUAAGCUUUUUGGGGUUUUUUAACUUUACUUCAAGAGAUCAAACUGGAUGGGUUUUUUUUAAAUUUUUUUGUCCAAAUACGAAGGAGUGUUAGGGUCAUGCACUGAAAAGAAAAAAGAAAAGUUGUAGCAUUACAAGAAUAUUUUUUAGUUUGUUUUUUUUUAAGAAAAAAAUUGUGAUGUGACAAGAAUAAAGUUGAAUUUUUUUUAAAGAAAAAAGUUCUGAGAUAAAAGUCAUAAUAUUACAAGAAUAAAUGUUUCUCUUUUUUUUUCUUAGAAAAAAAUAUGAAGUUAUAUUUUUUUGCAACAUUGUCAGCAACUUAAUUUAAAAAUGUUAUUAAAAAAAAGGUGACUUGCUGAAAAUAAAUUUUGCUGACAAAUUAAAUUCAUCAAAAUGAAGACGUUAAAUGACUUAAUCUUGACAAAAUUAAAAAAAAUUUAUUUUAGAUUUUUUUUAGAUAGAAACUCUAAAAUUCUUACUCUUGACGUUUUUUCGUCUGCAAAAAUGGUGACAAUUCUUGUGCGAUUAGAACGUUACAUUUGUAGAAAUAGGAUGUUUUUCCACGUCAUUUUACGACUUUAUUAAGGUGAAAUGAGGACUUGGUUCUCCAACAAUGAAACAGUACUUCAUACUUGGAAGGUUGGGACUUUUUUUUCCUGGUAAAUUAGGAUGUUCAUUUUGGCACAAUUGACAUUUUUUAAAUUCUCUCUUACUCUUAAAAUUGUGACUUUUUUUUCCUUGUAAGAGAACAGAAUUCUUGAAAAAUUGCAAUUUUUUUCCCGCCUUAAUCUUCACAAAAUUUCCCUCAAAAUUGACAUGAUUCUUUUUCCGCCUACAUUGUGACUUCAUUCUUGUGAAAUUAGAAUGUCACACUUGCCACACAUGUUUUUUCACGUAAUUUUACGACUUUGCUUCUACCAAAAUGAUUACAGUACUUCAUUCUUGGAAGAUUACGACUUUGUUUUCUGGUAAAAUUAGGACUUUAAUUGUGACACAAUUGCAAUUUUAAAAAUUCUCUCUUACUCUUAAAAUUGUGACCUUUUUCCUUGUAAGAGAACAUAAUUCUUGCGAAAUUGCUGUUUUUUUCUCCUCCUAAAAUUGAUUUUUUUUUCUGGCAAAAAAAUUGGCUUCUGCUCAAAUUAUUGUUGCAAAAUUAAAUUUUCCAACAACGGACAAAUUUGGAAAAAGUAAGACGUUCACGACUUAAUCCUCGCAAAAUUUCAGUUCCCCCCUUUUAAAAUGUACUUUUCUUUCUGAUAAAAUUGUGAUUUAAUUCUUGUGAAAUUAGAACAGCACCCUUGUAUAAAUAUGACGUGUUUUUCCUGUAAUUUUACGCUUUUAUGAAUGUAAAAUGAGGACAUUGAUUCUCCCAAAAUGAAAACUUCAUUUUUGUAAAAUUGUGACUUUUUUCUGGUAAAAUUAGGAUGUUAAUUCUGGCACAAUUUUAAAAAUUCUAUACUUUUUUUUCCCUUGUAAGUGAACAUAAUUCUUACAAAAUUGCAAUUUUUUAUUCCUCCUAAAAUUGUGACUUUUCUGUCAAUAAAUGUGACUUACGUCUUGCAAAAAUAAGACUUUAUUGCUGUAAAAAUAAUUUUAUGGUGAAGCGUCUCACUUAAAUCUCCCUUUUGUCUUCCUUUAUUCUCAUAAUAUUAUGACUUUAUUGACUUUAUUAUAGGUAUGACAUAUAUAUUAUACGUAUAUUUUAGGUUCACUAAACUGACUUUUUGUCUUGUGAUAUUACAACUUCAUUCAUGUACAUUUUUUUCAUAAUGUUUUUUCUGUUUCAGUGUGGCCUUUCUACUACUUUGUACUUUUUAAAGAAAAUAUAAGCUGAAGUCAGUGAUUUAAAGCCACCUUAAAAAAAACAAAACAACAUCAGACCAUUGAGUUUGUCAGGAAAUAAAUGUUUGUUGAUGGACAUCCAUACAUAACCCAUCCAGGGUACACACACACAUAAAGUAGAUGGAGUGUUUUUCCAAGGUAAUCUGUAGCAGCUUUCACAUUUCCAAGCGUUGUCCAUUUCCUCCCACUUGAAGGUGCGUUCCAUAAUGGAGCUUAUUGCAGCAGGUGCCUCAUAUUUAUCCGUUCCUCGUUUUGCCGUCCACUCUUUUGCUUUUCGUGUCUUCACAGUGGUGACAGUGUUGCUCUUUUUCCAUAAGCUGAG